AUAUAAUUAAGCAGUGUAUUAUGAAAUUGUCGAAGAUAAUUGUAUACAUAUGAUUUUAUGAUUUAAAAAUCACAUAAAAAUGUCCUGGCACAACUUAUUACUUACACUUUAUUUAAUAAGAAAGUUCGAAAGACGUUGAUAUUGGCGGGUUUUUAGUCAAACAGUUCUGAUAAUGGCCGCAAAAGCAAUGCAACUUGAAUGGACUCAAAUUUAAUGCAGGGAUUCAGCUUAUUUAAAGCAGUCUCCUGACUAAAACACAAAAUGAACACGGCUGUGAACCACCUUUCUACUUCGCGCAUCAAAAAAAGUAACAUGGAAUCUUCACAAGAAAGCAGUGAUGAAGAUGAGCCAGACUCCACAACACCAAUGGAGAAGGAACUGUUUGAUUUCCAUGCUGGAGGCGAAGUAUUAGUCAAACAGAAAGAUGGAAGGUACUACUUUGGAACAAUUGUUGAGGUGGAUUCCAUUCGUGAAGAGUGUUUAGUGAAAUAUGGAGACAAUACCAGUUACUUUUCUAAUUUUAAAGAUCUAACAAAAUUGAAUACAACAGAACCUGAGUAUUUAUUGUGUGUUAUUUGUAAAAAAUCAUCACAGAAAAGUGAAAAUGAUAUCAGAGUUUGUGAUCAAUGUGGAAGGGGAUAUCACCAAAAAUGUCAUCAGCCUGAAAUACCAACAUACUGCCUAAAGGAAGGAACGUCGUGGAUGUGCAAGAGAUGCACUGAAAGUGAACCUUAUAGACUGAGGAAAAGUGAUUCCAAACAAAAAACUGUAAAAAGUACAACUAGUAGCCAUAAUGAAAACCAUGUUGCAACAUCAAGUGUCAAAGUAUUACCAUAUGAUUUGAACACAUUGACCUGGGACACAUAUCACAGAGUUAACUUGGAACAGAUAUACUGUUAUUGUGGCAGAAAUGGUGAAUGGUACAAACAAAUGAUGCAGUGUGGCCGAUGCCGCCAAUGGUUUCACGACAAAUGUUUAGACUGUUUGCAAUAUCCUUUGUACUGUGGUGAUAGAUUUUAUGUAUUUGUUUGUUCAAUAUGUAACCAAGGUAAAGAAUUUCUCAGAAGAUUGGAGAUUAAAUGGGUUGAUCUUGUCCAUUUAAUGUUGUUCAAUUUGACUGUGUACAACUGCAAAAAGUAUUAUGAUUUAGACGCCGUUGUUAUACCGUAUAUUAAUGAUAAUUGGCAUGCUUUACAGCUCCCACCAAAGAUAGCGACCGUAACUAAACACGAAAGGAGAGAGAAUAUAUUGUCAAUUCUGACAAACAAUCGUAACCGUUUUAAAUGCGGUCGCGAAAUAAAGAAACGCACGACGAUAUGGGGCCUUCGUGUAAGACUGCCACCACCAAAGCCUUGCAUGACACUGCCGCCGGUCGGCAGGGUCACCGAAAAAGAUUUACGGGAUUUGUGGCAAGGCAACAGUCGCCUACAACUACUUCCCGCCCCAGAUAAAACAACGAUUCCACGGACUAUAGAUAGUGAUCCACACAUGGUAAAUUUAAUGAUGGGAGUUGCAUAUUUGCAAAACACUGCCGUCUCCGAAACGGAUUCUCCCUGUCCCAGUCCGGAGACUGUUCUGUCUACCAAGGUGGCAGAUACAACCACCAAGUCCGCCAGUCUGGAGAAUAUUCGUAAACCGUUGGGUUUACGAGCCGGGGAUUACUCGGGCGCCGUAAAGAAGAGCGUACCGUUCAAAAAAAUGAGCCUGCAGCGAAAGAAGAAGCUGUUGGCGAUGACCAAUAGGGAACGAGAGAGGAUACUCAAGAGACCCAAACGCAGAGUUGCUUCUGCUGGUAGUUCUGCCGAUGCCAAAUUGGGUCACUCAAAGCGACUCACCCUCGACACGAAACCCCAAACGAACGAAUCACUGCCAUUGACGCCGCCCAAUUCGGUGUCCGCACCGCCCACACCACCCACUUCCAACGCCACAUCCAUCGUCUCCGAUUUGAGCAACGACUUCCCAGACAAUGGUGCCUGUUCAAAAAGCAACGCCAGAAAAUUUGCAACGGCCGAUACCGGCAUUUCGGAUCUUUUGCACACGCCGUGCGACACGAGCGGCGACGAAACCUCAUCUAAGAGUACUCUGGACCAAAUUAUACCGCCGCCCAAAGAUUUCGAGGGCAAGAACAAUCCGUUCUUGGCCCUGAUGCGCACGGGGGUAGAGGACGUUAAACAAAAACGCAAAGACUCGAUCACGCUGCCGAUACCUUUAACUGCUGUGAUACCUGGUAAGCCAUUGAUGCGGCCGAUCAAACGGCAGCUGAGUGAAAAGGACAUUUUGAUUGGACCGAAUGGGGAGGUGAAACGAAAACGCUUUCGCCGAAGUAGAAGUGCCCAUCAUCAAGGUACUACCACCGGGACCGGACAGACUGCCAGUAAGAACGCUGCGGUGGUGCCGGCUCGUCCCGAUGCCAAAGAUUGGUCUCCGGCGGCGCCCAGGUCUAGCCAGACAUCACCUGUUGGCAUGGAUUACACUCUCAACGGCAGGAGACUUCGUCAACGGCCUGAAAAACCUCCGGACAAAGAAAAGACUCCAACGAACCCACCCACGCCGAAACCGAGUCCGGUGAAGCAGGAACCAGAAAUAUGUAUGAACGAUUUGAAGUCCUCUGUGAACAUUUACUUUGGCGCGGCGAAUCGCAUCGCGACUGGUGAACGUUUUCUAGUAAAAGCCAAGCGCAUCGGACCGACAGGUAAAAUGGAGUACCUGAUCGAAUGGGAGGGGCCGUCGAAUGGGAUGACUUGAUCGGGUACCUCCUCAUGCUAUGUUGUGUUCAACUUUCAAUUUAAUAUGUUAUCUGUUAUUUUAUCAUAUACUUUUAUGUCCAACCGGUAAGUGGGAUUGAUUGGGUCCGAAAUUGACAGGUUCAUGCACAAACUUUUUUAAUUAUACAAGAGGUGUCGAAACUGAGAUAAUUAUUUGCAUAUAGUGCUUGCGAUGACAAUUACUUCCUAAUGACUUAACAAUUAAUUGACUGAUUAAUGACCGAUGUAUCAUUCGAUUAACAAUAAACAACGCUUACACGCUAGUGCUAAAUACUAAACAUUUAUACUAGUACUAAAAUUAAAUAACCAAUUAACCAGUCAUUUGUCGGUACGUUGAUUUUUAAUUAAAUAAUGUUUUAAUUGAAUCGAAUUACCCGUCAGUACAACGUCAGAUAAUUAAUUAUUGUUUUAUGGUGGAUUGUACCAGUUUACCUAAAAAAAUUUUCAAAUCAAUAACUUAGAUUUGUGAACAAAUUUUAGACAAAACCUGCAAAAUAAAUUAAUUCUGAUAAUCUAUCAAGAUCAAGUAAGGAAAGUGCCUUUUUGAUUCUUAUAAAAUUUCAGCUAACCAUAAUUUUUUUUGUCAACAGGAUUAUUUAUUAAAGUUUGAAAGGUUAUUAAAGUUAUAAAGAAAUAACUUGGCUUUUUAACAACUUAAUCUAUUUAAUUUAUAUUUUUAAUCUUGAAAAAUGAAUAUAUAAUAUUAUUACUGAUUUGUGUAAGUAAUCUUUGUUUUAUUUAGUAAGUAACUAUUUUUUCAUAUAUACUUGUGAAUGUUAUUGCAGAGUAUUAAUUUAUUUCAUAAAAAACUCAAUUAGAACUAUUUAUUACCAAAGAUAUCCUAAUUAAGCAACCACUCUCCACCUGGUGCCAAUUAAAUAUUGUUUAUAAUAUAUGUUAGAUCGUCUCUUCUGUAUUCUUCAUAAUCUAAGAAACCCAAAAUAUGGCGUUUCUCUCUGAAGAUGAAGAUGAAAUCAGAGAUGCCUUAAAGCUGCAGUUAUUUAAUUUGAAUAAUUUGUUGAAUUGAACUCCAUAAGUGUGUUCUCUAAGUGUAUUGUAUUUAUUAAGUAAUUUAUAUAUAAAUUGUUGAAUAUAUUAAUUGAAUUCUUGAAACAUAAAAUGCUAUAAAACUGUACAUAAUUGAAAUGAAUUUUUGUUAUUUUUAUAACUAAAUAUUUUCCCUCACUGCCAUUUUAUUUAUUAUUAAAUCAUUAAUAAUAACAUCACUGCCCUAUAAUGUGUUGAAAAACUAAUAUCCAUUUUAAUUAAUUAAAAACAUUACUUUCUGCUAAAAGUUGUGGUCUGAAACAUAUUAAAACAUGAAUCUGUCAAAUUUGGUAGAAAACUUGAUUCCACAUACAUUUGCUUUGUUGUUUAAAAAUGAAUGAACAUGACUGAACGUUUUUAUACACAGAAGUUUUGAAAGAAACCUCACCAUAUUUUCACAUGUAAAGCCUCCAAAUAUAUUAGCAAAAGUAAAACAAUAAAAGGAUAUUUUUGAAUGUAGAGAUGUAGUAGUAGUAGUAUGUGAUGUUCAGAUAUUAACUCUUGUCUUUGGUGACACAUGAUAGUUCCAAAUAGUUCAUUCAUGCUCAAGAUUACCACCGACACAUGUUCACAUAUCACGUUAAAAGCUCGUCUAUCAUCCAUGUUUCAUUAAUUUAAAUUGAAUGUGUGUUUAUUUAGUAUUUAAAUUCAUCAAAGACAAGCGGUUUCUUCAUAAUAUCAUUUUGUAUAUUAUAAGUGUAUCUGUAAAUUUACCAAAGUUAACUGGCAAUUAUUUUCAUAAAACGUUUUUAAUGAUCCAGUUCAGUUAAUUUCUGUAGUUCCACAGACACAUGUUGAUUGAAUGUACUCCAUUUCCGUACUACACUUUCUAAAAUUAAUGUUAUUAAUAUGUAAUUUUCAUAAUGAUUAUGUAAAAUGAUUAAUAUUUUUUAAAGAAAAACCUGCAGACAAUAUAUUACGUGCAUAGAUAAAAUUGUUUUAUAUUUAUAUUAGGAAUGAAAUAUUUGGUGCUUCUAGGUAAAGUAAUCAAUAGUCAACAACUACGGAAGGUACAUUUAAAUAUUCACUAAUAAAUUAUGAACACCAUUUCAUAAUUUUAAUCCCUAAUUUGAAUAUAAAUUUUUUCAUAUAUAAACAAAUGUUGGGAAUUAAUUGCAAAAAGUACAUGGAAACUGCCAAAUAUAGGACACUGCCACUUAAAAAAAUAUUAACUCAAUGUUUUUAAUAUGUAGAUGAUUGUUAUUAAAAUAUUCGAAGCAUUAACAGUUAGAUGAGUGUAUUUUAAACUUGGUUGACAGUUUUAAAAGUUAUACUCAUGCUGAACACAUGAACAAAUACGACCGCUAAUAUUCUUCUUUAUUAUCACAUCUAGCUUCUAUUUCUCUAUACUCCUCAUAUUUGUUUUGCAUUUUUACACUGUUUACUACUGACCAAAUUCGUGCAAAUAAUAUAUGAGGAAAUAUUUCAUACAAUUCUCAUAGUUUUAUAAAGGCUAAAACAGUAUUUCGAUUCGUAGUAAUUUUUUUUAAAUAAAUAAAUUUUGUAGUAUAAAAAUUGAAAUAAUUAUUCUUCUUUAAUCUCUUUAAUUAAUUGGAGAACAGGGUACUAUUAUUGCCUUAGCUAAUAAUCGCAGUUCCUUUUAGUAAAAAUAAAAACAUUCAUUUGAAUAACAUAUCUCUGUAAAAGUAUUUGAAUCAAAUUCUAAGGCAAAUUUGUAAUUUUAGAGAGGAAUAGUCGUUUCAUUUUUUAAACUAGAGCUGAAGUCAAAUGUGUAUACCUUAUAGAUUUUAGUUUACAAUCUUGUGUUAUUUUUAGCAAAUUCUUAGCUUAAUGAGACUGAUUUAUGUUCAUUUUAUAUGGCCAUGGAUGCUGUAUAUCAUUGAAUUUUUCUUGAACUCUAGUUCAUUGUUUUUAUUGACUACUUUGAUAGUAUAACUCUUAAAAAUGUGUAGAUUUUGUAUAUAUUCUUAUUAAUAAUAAGUUCAAGUUUUAAACAAAUUUAAAAAAUGUAUUUUAAAUGCAUAUAAAGAAUCAGCCAAAAUUUGUAUUUUAUAUUUAAAGUUAAUUUAAAUAAAGUAACCCAUAACAGAUA